AUGUCGUCCAGCGCACCUAUCCUCCCCACCGUCAGCCUCAACAUCAACUACGAGGAUGAGCGACAGAAAAUCACCGAUUUCCUCUGUUUCUUCAAGGCUCCUUCCUCCCGACUCUCCUCUCUCCCCUCUUCCCAAUCUGGAGCGCCUAUAAGUCUCGAAGAGACCAGCGACGAUCCAGACGAGCUCAACAUUGACCGGGACCUGUCAUCCUCGCUCAACCGUAUGGACGUCGAUCGUAGUGGUGCCCAACCCUCCUCCUCCCGCCAGAUUCCGUUGUACAUGCAUCAACUUCAAAAUAUCGCCAACCGAGAAGAGGAUUCGCUCAUCAUCGACCUCAACGAUGUUGCCUCCCAUUUCAACACCGCUACAAACGAAAGCGGCAAGGCUUUGGUCGGUGCGAUUCGCCACAAUGCCAAACGCUAUCUAGACUUGUUCUGCGAAUGUGUGGACAGCUUGCUACCUGAACCGAGCAAAGACAUCUCGCACAAGGAUGACGUACUAGACGUCAUUCGACACCAAAGAAUGGAGAGAAACGCAAGGACAGUAGAAAGCGCGGAAGACCGCAACGAUGCAGGAGUUGCACCUGAAGAUGCCUCUGAAAACAUCUUCCCUCCCGUCCUCCUCCGUCGUUACACGCUCUAUUUCAAACCCUACACAGGUCGACUCUCCCCAUCAGAAGCACCGGAAGAACCGCUGGCCGUGCGUUCCGUCCGCGGUUCUCACCUCGGCAAACUCAUCACUGUCCGUGGAAUCGUCACUCGAGUCUCGGAAGUAAAACCUUUCCUUCUCGUCGACGCCUACGCAUGUGACGUAUGCGGUGCAGAAAUCUUCCAAGAGGUAACAUCGCGACAAUACAUGCCCCUAACGCAUUGCAACUCUCGUCGUUGCCUUACCAAUAACACCCGUGGCCCCCUCUAUCCCCAGGUCCGCGCUAGCAAAUUCAUCCCAUUCCAAGAAGUCAAAAUCCAAGAGAUGGCCGACCAAGUUCCCGUCGGCCACAUCCCCCGAACGAUGACCAUCCACGUCUAUGGCCCUCUGACUCGAGCCAUGAGUCCCGGCGACGUCGUUCACGUCGGCGGCAUAUUCCUCCCCAUGCCGUAUUCCGGGUUCAAGGCUAUCCGAGCAGGUCUUCUCACCGACACCUACUUGGACGCACAACAUAUUCAUCAGUUGAAGAAACAGUAUACUGCUCUUGAACGAACGCCAGAAAUGGCUGCUGCGAUUGGCCAACUUAAAGAUGACCCGGCCUUGUAUCAGAAGUUGGCCAGUUCGAUCGCACCCGAGAUUUACGGUCAUGAAGAUGUCAAAAAGUGUCUGCUGCUAUUGUUGGUAGGAGGUGUAAGUAAGACGGUUGCAGAUGGAAUGAAGAUCAGGGGCGACAUCAAUGUGUGUUUGAUGGGAGAUCCCGGUGUGGCUAAAUCGCAACUUCUCAAAUACAUUUCCAAGGUGGCGCCACGCGGUGUUUAUACGACUGGUCGAGGUUCAAGUGGCGUGGGUCUCACAGCAGCUGUUAUGCGCGACCCGGUAACGGAUGAAAUGGUGUUGGAAGGCGGUGCGCUCGUUUUGGCGGAUAACGGUAUCGCAUGUAUCGACGAGUUUGAUAAGAUGGAGGAAAGUGACAGAACUGCGAUUCACGAGGUUAUGGAACAACAAACCAUUUCCAUCUCUAAAGCCGGCAUCAGUACCACCUUGAAUGCCCGCACAUCUAUCCUUGCUGCUGCGAACCCACUCUACGGUCGAUACAACCCGAGGGUGAGCCCGGUGGACAACAUCAAUCUGCCGGCAGCGCUCCUUUCUCGUUUCGACAUUCUCUAUCUCAUCCUCGACACUCCCACUCGCGAUGACGACGAGCGACUCGCACAGCACGUUACCUAUGUCCACAUGCACAACGCGCAUCCGGAACUAGAAUUCGACGUAAUCUCCCCCACCCUAAUGCGUCACUACAUUGCCCUUGCACGCCAAAAACGUCCAACGCUGCCCAAAUCAGUCUCGGACUACGUCGUCGGAGCUUACGUCUCGAUGCGUUCCCAAUACAAAGAGGACGAUGUAUGCCACGAAUCCAACACCUCUAGCUCCUCUCCCGGAUCUUCCAGCACAGGCUACGUCAGCGCCCGAACGCUACUGGGAAUUAUUCGUCUCUCGCAAGCCCUAGCACGUCUUCGAUUCGAUGACCAAGUAUCCAUCCCUGACGUCGACGAAGCUCUACGAUUGCUGGAAGUUUCUAAAUCCUCAAUCCUAAACCAUACCUCACUCACCAACACUUCCAGAAACGCACUCGGUCAAGAUCAGACAUAUCUAAGCAAAAUCUACAGAAUCAUCAAAGACUACUACACACUUGUACAAAAAACCGCAGAGGAAUUCCAAGACACAGACGAGCAGAUGCAAGAUCAAGGUAUCCCCAUCUCAAGAGUCAGAGAUCAGAUUAUUGCAAAGGGGUUUUUGGAAGAUCAACUGCAGGAAUGUUUGCAAGAGUAUCAGGAUUUGGGUGUUCUUCAGCUUACAGGCAACCGCUUAGUUUUCCUGUAA